AUGUCCUCAAAACAACUUUCAUCACCUCCGCCAACUCAACCUAGACGAUCCUAUGAUAAUACCUUACGAGCAAAUCAACAUCAACAAAUGAAUACUCGGCACAAUAAUCAAUCAACAACUGAUCGAACAGUCACAUCAUCCUAUCGGCAAUAUCCGACAGUACCUAGUCGUGCACAUUACAAUCACACAGAUACGGCAUUUACUUCGAGUCUCUACGGAGUGAACCGACAAUCAUCGCCGACUAUUAUAACGACUGCUUCUCUAUUACCUUCAGCUGCAACUAGACCGUUAGACUCGGGCAUUCGAUCCUAUCGUCCUCUACCACGAAACUUAUCUCGUAGUGUCAGUGAUGAUUACUCACUGACAAGAUAUCAAGAAUUAAAUCAUUAUACUGGUGAUACCUUUGGUCGUAAUGAGCACAAUUCCGAUGAUGAUGAUCAGUGUUCAGAAAUCUUCAAUUACACCUUUCACGACGAUGUCGACUCGCCAGUGGCCUCACCUAUGGCAUCAUAUCGUAACACAGGAGCUUUAAAUUCUUCCAAUAUAAAUAACAAUAAUAACAGUACACGUCUUCAUUCAUCAGCACUAAAUCGUGAGCCAUAUGAUUAUUCCACAACAAGAUAUAGUCAAACACAGAACUAUAAAACGUUGACUAUGCCAAAGACUCAUUAUCAAAAUAUAACUACAGCAGCGGCGACGCCGACGAGAGAUCUUUUUUCAAAAGAAAACGGAACAAGUUAUCUAACGGCUUCAUCUUUUGAUGCAGAAACGAACUCGAGCGUCAAUGAAGCAUCCAAGCGCUUAAAUAAUCCCAAUGGAAAAUUUUCUAUACAAAAAAUCAUUCGACAUGGUUUUUCAUCGUGGCGUACACGUAAGAAACCUUCGUCAUCAUCAUCGUCACCACCAUUACACCCUCAACCGCCACAUCCGGCACCACCUCCACCAAAAUCGGCCUCAUCGUCAACAUCGAAUGGAAUCUAUGCAAAUACAUCAAGUUCACCGUCAUCACCACCUUACUUACCGACAGGACGGUUUACACCAUAUAACGAUGAACUUGCCAAGAACCCACCAACUACGGCUGCACGGUCAAUAUCAGUGGACUCUAUAACUAAUCGAUCAUCACCACCACAGAAACUAGCCACUACGACUGAAUCAACGAACCAUCCAACUCCGAGAGUGAACAGUGCCAAUAGCGUCACAGUUGAAUUUGAGCGACCGGCAACAGUGGCUCGAGUUCUUGUUCCAACGCCAUGGGCUACAUCAGCAACAGCUACAGCGACCACGAAUACAUCAACGACAACAACUGCUGUAAAUGAUCUCAUGUAUCGCGCGACACCAGUGCCCAUUGCUCGAGCACUACCUGUACAGUUUGCUGAACUUAAUCGACCGCCGACAUCCCGGUCUUCCCCACCUGCAUCAUCCUCAUUGUCAUCAUCUUCGUCAACAGCGGCAGCAGCAUUAGCAACAACUACAACGUCGGCAACAACAACAGCACCACCUACAGCGUCACCACUUCUUUCCAGUGCACCACCAACGACAGUACGAACUACUGAAACCAAUAGUAGUACAACUCCUUCGACCAGUACCAUUUCUCACGCACCAAAAAUCCCACCUCCUGUGGCGCCAAAACCUGAUGUGAAUCGUUUAACACCUAUGCGUUCGAAUUAUUUGAAUAACAAUAAUAAUUCUUCAUCCAAUCCAGUUGCCACACCACCACACCCGACACCCCCUCCACCGCCGCCGUCGGCUGCUCACUCAUCAACGGCUACUAUUACAUUAAGCACACCAUCAUAUCCACUUGUAUCUAGUCCAUCUACUAAUAAUGAACAGCGCCGUCCUGUUUUGCCUGAAAAAUUAGCAGCCAAUCAAUUUAAACCUAUCAGCGACACGAAUAACGCCGCACAUUCCAAUGCUACGCCUACUCCGACAGUGCGUUCUGCUGCUAGCAGUACCAUAUCAGCAUUGCAGGAAAAACUUCAGAUGCGUUCAUCACCUGUAGCGACGACAAAUUCAGCACCAUUGUCAGUGACGAUAACUACUACAAACGCCAGUACUAUUGCAACACCUACAGUGAACACUGCAUCGCCUUUCGCCAACUCCUCAUCCACACCGGCGGCAACCGUGAUACAAACAAGUAAACAAAUCAUCAUUCAAGAUAUAGAUACCACCAAAUAUGAAGAAAUUCCCGCUAAAGAACCUGAUCUAACUCGACAACCUGAAAAGAGUGCAUUGAAAAAGCCGAAUGGUCUGAAACGUCGUGUCAUACCAGUUCUUCGAGAGAAUCAACGUCCGUCACCACGGCCUAGUCCAAAAACUAAACCAGUUGUCUUUCUCACCUCUCCUCCAUCAUCUUCCACAGCCAACAAUGACGAACAUAAUUCAGAAAACGAACGAAAUGAAAAUCCCGAUUCUGCACCCGAGGAUGACGAUGACGACGAUGGAAAUAACGAAACAACGAAACGUUUCGCUAAUGUGAAGCGUAAUGAUUCAUUGGCACGUUUCCUCAAAGAUCGCCCGUUACCUAAUGAAUUAUUUGAUAAACACAUUCUUGUAAAACCAGUAGAUGAGCGGAAGAACGAGCGCGAUAAUAUCGAAACGAAAUUAGAGCGAAAACUAUCGUUACGACCGACCUCAGAAGAAUUAGAGGCAAGAAAUAUUCUCCGUGCAAAAACCCAAGCUGAAUUAAUAGCAGAAAAAGAAGAAAAGAAACGUUAUCUUAUACGAAAACUCAGUUUCCGACCAAGUAUUCAAGAACUUCGUGAACGUAAAAUAAUCCGUUUUUGUGAUUAUAUUGAAGUAUCCGAAUGUGAUGACGUUGAUCGACGUGCUGAUAAACCAUGGACACGCUUAACACCGCGUGAUAAACAAAUGAUACGAAAAGAACUCAAUGAUUACAAGAGUUUGGAAAUGGAAAUUCAUCCCGAAAGUGCAAAAUACACUCGAUUUCAUCCUCCUUAG